AUGGACGUCAUUGCCCCUCACCGCCCCCAGGUGUCUCCUGAGAGAGACCCCUCCAGUUUGCUGAACUACUACUUGUUCAAGGUUCUCCACACGACACUUGGUUUUGAAGUUGACUGGGAGAAGAAGAUUCUCCACGGAAAGAGUAAGAUAGACUUGGAGGCGCUUGAUGAGGUGAGUUCUAUCGUUUUGGAUUCGUCGUUUUUGGACGUGAAGAGCGCCACUGUGGAUGGUACUACUGCUGACGUGAAGCAGGGCGAAAGAGGUAUCUUGGGCUCGACUUUGGAGAUCAAGACGGAAAUCAAGAAGGGAACCAAGUUUGCCUUGGAACUCACUUGGAGCACUACUGACGAGUGUACGGCGUUGCAAUUCCUCGAUAGAGAUGCUACCGAUGGCAAGAAGGAACCAUACUUCUUCUCCCAGUGCCAGGCGAUCCACGCCAGAAGUCUUUUCCCUUGUUUCGAUACUCCAGCCGUCAAAUCCACCUACUCCUUCUCUGUGGAGCUGUCGCUUCCAACGUUGAUGAGUGGAAGACCAGUUUCUGCUGAAGGCACAACAUACAAGUUCGAACAGCCCAUUCCGAUUCCAUCGUACUUGGUUGCAAUUGCCUCUGGAGAUAUCACCAAGUUGCCUAUCGGGCCAAGAUCCCACGUUUACAGUGAACCAAGCCGUGUCAAGGCCUGCCAGCACGAGUUUGAGCACGACAUGGAGAAUUUCUUGCAGGCUGCAGAGAAGUUGGUGUUCCCUUACGAGUGGGACCAAUACGACGCUCUUGUCUUGCCUCUGAGUUUCCCAUACGGAGGUAUGGAGAACCCCAAUGCCACUUUUGUCACUCCUACGUUGAUCAGUGGCGACAGAGAAAAUGUGGAUGUCGUUGCCCACGAGCUUGCACACUCCUGGUCUGGAAACCUUGUUACCAACUGCUCCUGGGAGCAUUUCUGGCUUAACGAAGGCUGGACCGUGUACUUGGAGAGACGUAUCCAGGGAGCUAUCCACGGCGAACCCACUAGGCACUUCUCGGCCAUCAUCGGAUGGUCUGACUUGGAGAACAGCAUUAAAGCCAUGGGCGACUCUGCCGAGAGAUACUCCACCUUGGUGCAAGACUUGAAGGACCGCAGUGACCCAGAUGACGCUUUCUCUACCGUUCCAUACGAGAAGGGUUCUACCUUGCUUUUCCACAUCGAACGUAUCGUUGGCGGUAAGGAAGUGUUUGAUCCUUUCAUUCCUCAUUACUUCAACAAAUUCAAGUACUCUUCGCUUGACACAUACCAGUUCAUCGACACACUUUAUGCAUUCUUUAAGGACCACAAGGAGAAGCUUGAUAGCAUUGAUUGGGACCUGUGGCUUUACAAGCCCGGCAUGCCUCCUGUGAAGCCAGACUUUGACACUACCUUGGUUGACCAAUGUUACAGCUUGGCUGACAAGUGGGUCAAUGCUACACGCAAGAACGAGGACUUGUCGCUGCUUUUCAAGCCAUCAGACAUUGAGAGCUUCACUGCCAACCAGUCCGUUGUCUUCUUGGAUACCUUGUCUUCGUUCAACAAGCUCGAUAACUUCCACUGGAAGGACCACCACGACGCAUUGCAUGUUAUUGACAAAGUGUACAACGCCUACUCAAAGUCAUCCAACGCCGAAGUCCUUUUCCGCUGGUUCGUGUUGCAGGUUGGCGGUGAAAACAAGAAGUUCUACCACCAGCUUGGUGAAUGGCUUGGUACUGUCGGUAGAAUGAAGUUUGCCAGACCAGGGUACAGGCUUUUGGGAAGUGUCGAUCACGACCUUGCAGUGGAGUACUUUAAGAAGUUUGAGAGCCGCUACCACCCAAUCUGCAAGGCCAUGGUGAAGAAGGAUCUUGGGUUGUAG